AUGGAUGUUGCCGGCGGUCGUCGGACCCGCUUCAACUAUCUGUGCUACAAAUUUCGAUGUAUUGGUAAACGGUUAAGACGUGUGGACGACUGCCUUCUGAAAGAUCCGUCACUCAAUGAUGAUCAAGUCAAAAUAAUUCUACAGUCAUUCUCAGUUCUGGACGAGAACGGGGACGGGCGGAUCUCGAAGACAGAAAUAGCGCGGGCAUAUCGACUGGCGGGCUUCAACCCAACCAAAGGAGAAUUGGAUGAUAUCGUAAAAGAACAUGAUGAGAAUGAUGACGGUUAUAUCGACUUCGAGGAAUACUUUAACGUAAUGAGUUCGAAGAUGGGCAAGGUUGAUAUCGAAAAAGAGCACAUGAAGACGGCGUUUCGGGUGUUGGAUACAAACAACGAUGGAUACAUCACAGCGGACGAACUAAAACACGCGCUGACAGGAGCUGGGGACCAUUUUACAGAUACUGAGAUUGCGAACAUCAUUGACCGAGCGGACAAAAACCACGACGGGAAAAUAGAUUAUAAAGAAUUUGUUGAUGCGGAAUUAUGCAAGUCAGUCUUCUGAAUGGUGUGACAAAAUACGGCGAAGUGUUUGUUCGGAAAUGGGUGUUUUUUACCCCGUAUUGUGAAACGUUAUGUAAGCCUUAGGCUGAAAAGGCUUCUAAAACGCAUUUAUAACGCUGUUCGUUUGGUGU